GAGCUAGAAAACCAGUUGUAAAAAAUACUGUUGACGUGAGUCGUUGACGGAAUACGAAAAGCGAAGUUGAUGUUGAGUUGAACUUGAAUUUGGAUUUCAGUUUGUGGUUUAUGGUAUGCGGCUCAGUUUUAAUUUUAGUGUAAUAAAACGUCUCCUAAAUAAUAAUUAUUGUUAAUUCGAGUAAAUAUUGGUGUAGUGAGAGACAAACUUGUGGUGUAGAUAAAAGUUACGGGAGGAAAUGAAGACCAAAUGUAAAAAAGACGACAAUGACACUGAGGCUCGUCCAGAAAAGCCCGCCUUGGGCAGCCGGCCGCCACCCCCAGCAGCUAUCGUGCCCAAAUCCGUCGACGGGCCAAGACCCCCCGGGUGGAAUGGCCAGCCGCGAAGACACGGCUCCAGUCGGUUCAGUGUUCACAAUCACAACCAAGAGCUGGUCAAGUUGCCACCUAUUAAAGAUGCACCGCCAGCGGAGAGGGAGCAGUUGUUCGUACAGAAGCUGCGACAAUGCUGCUUGCUGUUCGACUUCGCGGACGAGCCCCUGUCCGACCUCAAAUGGAAGGAGGUCAAACGGGCCGCGCUGCUCGAGAUGGUCGAGUACGUGACCACACAGCAGGAGGUCAUCACAGAUGCUAUAUACCCUGAGGCGGUCAAUAUGUUCGCAAUCAACUUGUUCCGAACAUUGCCGCCAUCGUCAAACCCAAAUGGUGCCGAGUUCGACCCUGAAGAAGACGAGCCGACGCUGGAAGCCGCCUGGCCUCACCUCCAGCUGGUGUACGAGCUCUUCCUCAGACUUCUGGAGUCGCCGGAGUUCCAGCCCAACAUUGCCAAGAAAUAUAUCGAUCAAAAAUUCGUUUUACAAUUACUAGAGUUAUUCGAUACAGAAGACCCACGGGAACGUGAUUUUCUAAAAACAACCCUACACAGGAUAUACGGGAAAUUUCUAGUACUACGGGCCUACAUUAGGAAACAAAUCAAUAAUGUAUUCUAUAAGUUCAUAUACGAGACAGAACACCACAACGGCAUCGCGGAGCUGUUGGAGAUUCUAGGUUCUAUCAUCAAUGGCUUCGCGUUGCCCUUGAAGGAGGAACACAAACUAUUUCUACUUAAGGUGCUACUACCGCUACACAAGGCCAAGUCCCUGUCAGUGUACCAUCCACAGCUUGCGUACUGUGUGGUGCAGUUCCUCGAGAAGGAUCCUUCAUUAACGCAGCCUGUCAUCAGGGCUCUAUUAAAAUACUGGCCGAAGACCCACUCGCCCAAAGAGGUCAUGUUCCUCAACGAGAUGGAGGAAAUACUGGACGUGAUCGAACCAGCAGAGUUCCAGAAGAUCAUGGACCCGCUCUUUAGACAACUGGCCCAGUGCGUCUCGAGUCCACAUUUCCAGGUGGCAGAACGGGCGCUAUACUACUGGAACAACGAGUACAUAAUGUCGCUAAUAUCCGACAACGCGACACACAUCCUGCCGAUCAUGUUCCCGUCACUAUACUGCAACACUAAGACGCACUGGAACAAGACCAUCCACGGGCUGGUGUACAACGCGCUCAAACUGUUCAUGGAGAUGAAUCAGAAGCUGUUCGACGAGUGCACGCAACUCUACAAACAAGAGAAACAGAAAGAAUGGGAACGGUUACUACAAAGGGAGGAGAUAUGGCAGAAAUUGGAGGCGCGCGCGGCCGCCAACCCCGCGAGCCGCACAGUGCUGCGACCGUCUGAGAAACUUCCGGAACUGUCGCCCAAUGAUAUGACGCUGCCGAGGUUGGACUCUGAAACUAUCGAGGCGCGGAAGCAAAGCUACAACGCAAGCAAACCUCUACUGAGGAAGAAAUCCGAACUUCCCGCCGACACGUCAACAGUUAAAGCGCUCAUUGAGCACAAGCGAGCGGACCCGUACCUGGCCACCCCGCCCGACGCCGACUGCUAGCGGGCGCUGCGGCCUCGCACCGCGCACGCGAGUCUCGCCCUUAACACGUACCAGUAUGAACUAGAUUCUUGUGCCACUUACUGAUAUCAAGUCUGACUCUUCGAGCACAAGCGAGCAAACCCGUACCUUGAGAGCUAUUCUGGAACGAUGUUUUGUAUAAUUCGCAAGUCACCUCUGUCUUUCUCUUUCUAUAAUAUCGUGUUAGACAGAGAGAGAAAGAGAUGAAUUCGAAACUCGGACUUGCGAGUUGUGCUAAAUGUCACAGAAUAGCCGCCCUGGUCACAGAUUGCUAGCGGGCACUGCUACCUCGCACGUUGCACGCGAGUCUCGCCCUUAACACGGACCAGUAUGAACUAGUUUCCUGUGCCACUUACUGAUAUUAAGUCUGACUCUUUGAGCACAAGCGAGCAAACCCGUACCUGGAGAACUAUUCUGGAACGAUGUUUUGUAUAAUUCGCAAGUCACCUCUGUCUUUCUCUUUCUAUAUUAUCGUGUUAGACAGAGAGAAAGAGAUGAAUUCGAAACUCUGACUUGCGAGUUGUGCAAAGUAACAGAAUAGCCGCCCUGGUCACUCCUUGCAACGCGGAUUGCUCCCGGGUACUGCGGCCUUGCACCGCGCACGCGAGUCACGCCCUAAACACGUGCCAGUAUGAACUAGUUUCCUGUGCCGAUUACAGAUAUCAAGUCUCUCAUUGAGCACAAGUGAGCAAAUCCGUACCUGGAGAGCUAUUCUGAAACGAUGUUUUGUAUAAUUCGCAAGUGUUAGUUUUUAAUUCACCUCUGUCUUUCUCUUUCUAUAGUAUCGUGUUAAACAGAGAGAGAUAGAGAUGAAUUCGAAACUCAGAAUUGCGAGAUGUGCAAAACAUUGUAACAGAAUAGGGUGUUUAAAUUAUAUGAUGUUCGGCUUGAACUCGUUAUAUUAUGUCGUGAAAAUUACCUGGACUUGACAGUUAACUAAUAAUUAAAAUAUUUAUGCUUAACUAAAAACAUGGCGAGAAUAAUGGUUUUAGGAUAGGGUUACUGGACAUUGUUUAUUAUGGCUGUACACAAACGUAUUUAAGCAGAAAGUAUAAAUGCAGAGUUAUCCCUUUCACAAUGCUUCCUGUGGAAAGAGAUAGAACUGUUUUUAGACUUGUAUCUACUAAAACUGCGAUAGAAUCGAAAAUCUCUUUCUUAUUAACUUUCGCAAUGAAGCUUGCAAACUGUAUCACACAGUAUAUGUUUGAACACAAAUAAUAUAAACUGAGCUUAAGUCUCUUUUCUAUCUACAUUAUGUAUUAAAACAACAGCUAAAUGGCUAUUUUAGUAAAAUGUCUUAUCUAAAUAACUGUGUGAACUAACUAAAUAUUUAAAAGGAGUGCAUUCUUCAAAACACUUAUGUUUAAUAUUUUAUCGCAAUUCAAACCGCCCUAUUUUCCAUACUUCUUCGUCUUCGUCACGGUAGCCCUAUCAAAGGCAUUCUUCUAACUAUGCGCAUAGCCUUAUAUGUACAAUUCACUGACAUAUUGCUGGGGUAACUAUGUGCUAUAGAUUUUGAUACAUUUAUUACAUAGUGUGCCCAAAAUGGAACGAUUCGUCUAAUAUACAGGGUGGAUAAAAAACAUACUCUCUACUAUUGAGGAAGAUUUAAACAAUGAUAUGUCAAGGCGCGGCAACUAUCACCAUCUACGUACAAACACAAAAAUACAAUAAAUAACAGUGAAAUAUAUUUGGAAAGAUGUGGAAUCAACUUUUGAAUUGAAAAUUAUUAAAAAAAAUAACCACGCUAUACCAAAAAUAUACCACUUAAUCAGUUAGUGUUGCCAGGUUCAGUGUGUUAAAUUUCGAAACAGAUAGUUGUUGUAAUCAGGACUAUAUAAUUUCCAAAACAAAUGUUUUAUUGUCCGAAAAUAUAAUUUUUAGCUAAAAAAAAUGUAAUUGUUGGGGAAUAUUGAUUUCUUUCUUUUUCUAUGGUUGUCUUUUCUGUCAAAAUUACGACAUAAAGUCCAAUAGAGUUUAGGAUCCACCGAUCAGGGGAGAAUCGGGUCGUAAGUCUAACUCUAAAUGUUUGAAAAUCGGGACUUUUCAUACAAGCUAAAGCACUUUUUAGGAUUCCCGAUUAGGGGUGAAUCGGGACGUAAAUCUAUAUACCUGAAAAUAGUGCUAUGCAAGUUGAUGUUUGGAGGAGAAUGUUUGGCACCUGGCAACACUCAUCCAUAGUUGAACAGGUUAACAAAAAAAAACAAGGCAGUUGUCGCGCAAUGUGGAGACGAAUUAAUACGAUUUACUCGUCCAUAGGUUAUAUCAACAAAUAAAACGCUAGUUAGAUGCUAGAGUUUAGACGUAAUAAAUCUGUUAUCUCAGCAAUAUGUCUAAAACAUUUGUACGAGAUAUUAUGUAAUUCAUAAAUUAUAAAUAUUGUAGUUUGUAUAUCAAUGUAUUAAGGCCUAUUUGGAUUUGCGUUGAAAUUAAAAUGUGGUACUUCAUAUUUCGCUGCAUUGACCGGGAGGUGUUGCAUUUUCGAACUUUCUGACUCUUCCAGAACAAACAAACCCUUACAAGAUUGAUAUAUAAGUAAAUUCAUCUAUUUUUCAAUAAGGGGGCAUCUUUACAAACACAUAAAACACUAUGAGUCCACAACUCGUCAUCAUGACGAUAAUUCGGUUCAAAUAACCACGCAAGUUGAAGCAUUCAAAUACUUCAAAACGUCAAAGUUAUUUGAAUCAAACAAUUGCGUUUAUUUUUAAACAAAUAUACCAAAUGAUUUUGUCGAAUUGUGUCUAGCUAUUCGAACCCAUUGAGGGACCUUAUUCAUGAGUUGGUUUUACAAACUUGCAGUAAAAAGUGGUUACAAUUCGCUCUUCAAUUGUCCUUGGUGGAUUUCUAUCGUCUUUUCUAUUCGUCCGUGCCAUCUAAGCCAAUAAUUUCUCCAGUAUUAUAUAUAAAUGUAAAAUAGGUAUUUUGCCGUAUAAUAUACUAUCGAUCUCUAUAAUUAGUUAAAUGUCCUGCUGAAGAUUUCUUGAAGACAAAACAAACACUUAGGUAAAGGUUGAAAAAUUCGAGUCAAAUGGAAUUUACAUACAUAGUUUUUAACUAAUAAAAUCUAUUGGUGUUUGUCACUGUUAUGUGUUAAUGAUUAAAGAUAAGCUCGUCAGAUAUUUGUACAGCCCAAUAUGACAGUUAACAAUAGUCUGUGUACACGUCACAUCUAGUAAUACAAAGAGAUAGUUAAACUAAUAAACUUGCACUUUGUUUUCAAUAUUUUCAUACUGUUAUUAUCGCGUUAGAGUAAACGCGAAUUUAUAAAGAACUGGAACAGUUGUGCAGUAGUGCCACUAGAUGGCGCUGUUUCAAUUCCUUGGAAAUUCGCGUUUACGUUAACGUGAUCGUCACAGUACCAAACUGCCACUAGGCCCUCUGUAUGCUACGACAAAAUCGUGCGUGCGAUACAAAAAAAAAUUCGUUUCGUUUUCGAUAGAAUCUAAACGCUUUCAUUGUCUAUCGAAUGAACACCCACAAUCCACCUGUAAAUAGACAAGUUAAAAAAAACCCAUCAUCCAUUCCUAAUGUCGUAAACCUGAUUAUUUAUAAUUAAAUUGUCUGAAUGCCAGAAAGAUUUCAACAAUUCAUAAAGAUUCGCACACUACAGACCAAUGAUGUUUGAAGAAAAAAGAGGUAGAUAGGUUAUACGCGAACCGCAAGUGGCAAAACUAUGCUAAUUAGCAAACCUGAUCUCAGUCGCCGCACUGUCAUCGCGCCGUUGACAACGCCACUGUAUUAAUUUUCGUGUGCCAGUUGUAAACAUCGAAUGUGGUUUAUGUAACCUAUCUACCUUUUAUUUCUUCUAACAUCAUUGCUACAGACAGACCGUUUUAAAACUAUCCACCGCUAACUUAUAGUAUAUAGUUUCACAGGUAACACGCGUAAAAUUAGCGCCAUAUUAAAUUAUUGUUAUAGUAAGACUGUAAUCGUUCAUCUUUGGUCAUGAUGGACGAUCAGUUAUCACAAAUUAUCACUAUCAUCUAUUUAAUACCUUAUCUUCAUAAUACUGUAUAAUACAUAUUUGUAGUAGUUGUCUUUCGUUUGCAUUGAUGUAUAAGUUUACAAAUUGUCAGAAAUAAAAAACAUUUCAAAGUGGCACGAUUUCUUUUACCUAAAUAUUGAUGUUUCUUACGUGAAAAUAUAUAGAAUGAUAACUACAAUUGAAUGUAAAUCUUAUUAUUAAUAUAUAUGCAUAAAGUUUAGGUAACUAUUAUUGAAAUGUACCUAUUUGUAUUUAUACAUUUUCGUCUUUGCCUAAGCUGUCGUUCGCAAAUUUAAAGUUUGAAUUAGAAUAAGUACAUUUCGUCGUUAUUCUAAACUAUAGAACCUACAAAAACUUAAUGGAUUUAAAACUAGGUUAAUAAAAAUAUGCUUACUCUGUUUUGGAAGGAUUCGGCUAUAAUUCAAAGAUAUUGUUUAGACGAGCAUUGACCAAUCAACAUUGGUAAUUUCCACAGCUUUUGUAUAUUUGACACGUCCUAACAUUGGCUGUGAUUGGAACUUAAUAUAGUACCUACGAUUAAUUAAAAAAAAAAGUGCAACUGUCACUGAAAUGUCAUUUUAAUGACUAGAAAUAAUAAUCUUAUGUAAGAGUAUCAUAUGUACGAUUAUUAAUUCCAGUCAGUAAAAUGACAUUUCAGUGACAGUUGCACUUGUCAUUUUACAGGAAUUAAUAAUCGUACUAUAAUGUCGAAUAGAAACACAAAUCCGUUUGUGCCUCUAUUUUGUGGUGCCGUUUUUGUAGAGCUUUUCGGGAAUCUAUAAACUUAUACAUCAAUGUUUUUUGUCCAAAAAAUCGUCACCAUUAUACUCCGCGCCACGCAACAAGUCCCGUAGACGCGGCGCUAAUGUCUUAAUGGCGCUCAUGUUCAUGUAAGGCGCUGUCAAUUUUAGUUCAGGUUUUUCACAUGCUGGAGAAGCAUUGUAUUAUGUUAUUUCUUAUGAAUGCAUUUAUUUCUGCGCCAACACUACUUCCACUUUGUACGCGUAAAAGUGAUGUAUUAAGUGUGAUUAAUAUGACUGUAUUCAAUCAUCGAUCUCCUAAUAAAAAGUGGAUGCACAAUCAGCGACCAAGAAACGUCCCCACUCAAUGUGUGCUUAACACAACUUCUUGGCACUCAAUUCAAGUAGUCGCAUUUGCAAAUUCAACCUUAAACUCAAUUCUUAAGGUUGAAUUUGCUCUGAAUUUGGGAUUUUAUUGAAUAUUGGACUAUAUUUAAAAGCCUUUAAGUAUAAUUUUCUUUACCAAUAAUUCUAAAACUGCCAAAGCAAAACUGGCCAGUUUGUAAGUGACAUUUUCUACCUGAUUGUGCGUCCUUUUAUUAUAAGAGGUCAAUGGUAUCAAUGCAUAAUUUUCAAUUUUAAUUAGUUUUUACGAUACAUUAAUAAAUUGCAUUACUAUGAUGUAAAGAAUGUACGAGUUAGCCGAACGAAUGAUGAAAUUCGAUUUUGCAAGUACAUAAUAUUGUUAGUUAUAUUUAUUUAUUUAUAUGUGAAUCACUUUAUAUUUUUUUAUGGAAAUAUUUUUUAAUUUUAGCAGCAAAAUCAUGAAUGUAUUUAAUUUUCUGAGAGGAUUUUACGAGUGUAGUAACAGUUAGUUCUAAUAUAUGAAUUUUUUGAACUUUUUUUAUGGGCGGCCGCUAUUUGAUUUUCGUCAAAGUAAUCCCCAAAGAACAUAAUUAUUUUAGAAUCAUCAUUGCGUUCACAAUAGUUCCAUUAUCAUAUUUACAAAAAACGACAUACCGAUCAACUUGAGAACCUUCUCCUUUUUGAAGUCGGUCAAAAUAGACUUGAAAUUUAUUUCAAUGCGUGCGCUUGUGUGUGUAUGUGCAUUAACGGGUAUGGGUACAUUUAAAAUAAUAAUUUUAUUAGUUGUAUUUUUAAUGUAUUAUUUGUCUUUCCAUUAAAGCUUAAUAACACUUUGCUAUUAGAAUAAAUCAUAUAUGGUUUGUUUAAUCUAGACUGAUAUUAGUAUUAAAAAUAUUAUUCUGGUUCUGAAAUCGUGCCACACUUGCUGCAUUUUUUUUUUGCAAGUUCUUUGCACAUUUUAUUGUUUCACCACCUUCUGAUAAUAGGGAUGAUGACAGUUUUUUAAAUUGACCAUGAAAUUUUAAAUUAAGAGUAUGCUAAUAGUAAAGCAAUUUUGUAGAAGUAUACAGGGUAUCUGCGAUCAUUACUUUCGGAGCUACAGGGAUUUAACGGUCAUAGCGGAUUUGGCACGGAUCGCUCCUAAACGUGUCAUACAAAAUGGCACGAAUUAAUGACGUCAUCGAUCAUGAUCGUUUAAACAAAAUGUCUUUAUUAUUUAUGCGUUUAUGAUUAUACUUCAUAGGUACAAUGAAAAAUAUCACAUUGCAUGUGAGAAAGCUAAAAUGUAUGAAUUUUCAUCUAACUACGAUAAAAUAUUUUUAAUUGUUUUGAAAAUUUUAUAAAUAAUUUAAUUUACAAACAUUCCAACAAUCUUUGUUUUCUACGUAUUAAUUAAGUAAUAUUGACCUUAUUUACCCGAAAGUCUCAUAAAAAUCAAUAUAUUCAAACUUAGUCAUCAUCCCCAUUUUUGGAUAGCCUAAAUCGGUCUUUGUCACGAUAAAGUAAGAAAGUGACGUUAAACGCUAUAGUAUAGUCUAUCCGACACUUAUUAGGUGAUGGAACAUGCCAUUAAGGGAAAUGUCAUAAAUAAUAAGUCCCAGGGCCAUUUAUUCUAAUUGAGUAUUAUUUUCAAGACUUGAUUGAUUUUCUUUGCCAUUCAAAUCGUUAUAUGUAUAAUCAUAAUAAAAGUGAAAUAAUGCCAAAUUUGGUGUUACAGUGCAAUACACAUAACAUAUUGUCAUGGUCACCCACAAAUUCCGUUGCUCUAUUUGGACACAACAUAUUAAGUAUUAAGAGGGUGUGGACAAUUUUUAGGGGGUGUUUGCACAGUUUGUUUCAACUGUGAACCCAAUUGUAGUAUCAGCAGAAUAUUUGGAAUAAAACAUUUGGAAUUAAGCCUGUACAGUUUUACACAAAUAUGAGUAGUUUAAGGAUGGAUGUGUCCUGUCCACAAUAACAAGUUAAAUUAUUAAAUCUCGAAGUGUUUGAAAAUGUUCAAAUAUGGAUGUCAAAUGGUUUUUACUUUGUGUUUUUAUCAAACCCCCCUGUAAAUUUGACUACGUGCUUUGUCGUAUCUUUACUAAUUUAUUGAAUAAGUAUGAUAAAGUAAGUAUCUUGUGUCACAUAAUGGUUAUAUAAUCUUUUAACGUAUGCAUGUAACGUAAAUUAUGUGAAAGUGUCCUUCGUCGAGAAAUUGUUUAUUGUUAUUUUAUAGUUUAUUUGCGCAACAGUGAAAUUAUGAAUGGACUGAAUGAAAGUAAACACUUAUUUAAUUUAAUAUUAAUGUGAAUUUGUGAAAACACUAUAAUAUAGUCACUUCGUUUAGCCCUAAACGCAUCCACAUUUUAUCUUAAUACUGGUACACUAAAUUAAAUCCGAGUGACUGUAUGUAUUGAUUAGCAUCUAUGUAAUACUUAUUAUAAAAUAAAAUUGAUAAGUUAUAUUUAAGCGGUAUAUAUAUGGUAUAUUUUGCUUCUGGUAAGCGAACGUGUGCAAUUUUUGUAAGAAAUUAUUCGUAAUAAAACUAUACGUACAGUGACUCGGCCAUGUUAUAAUAUUAAGUAGGUGUAGAUCUAUGUAUGUGGGAGUGACUGGACUGACCACGUUAGCGAUAAUUUGCGAAGUUGUUCAACAAAUUGAUAAAUUUUGUAUAAAUAUUUAUAACGAUAAUGUAACUGUUGAAAACAAAAUAUUGUAACAGAUGACAUAUUGUAAGGUGCUUAUGAUUACUGAUUAUCGUUAUAAUAUAAAGUUGUGCAUAUAA